ACGUUCAGGAUGUUACUCACGGAAUCAAGAUGGCAUCCGAGGCUAAUCCGAGCACUGUGUCAGACGAAAACUGCGAUGUAAAUAGUGCGGUCGGCGAAGUGUCCGAGCCCGUUCGGAUAUCGGGAAGUCGGGCCGAGGCUUGCGGCACCAUGUGGGAGGACGUCACGGGGAAGGAGGCAGCGCGCCCGGGCAAUCUCGAGCCACGCGAUUCGCGCUCCGUCGAGACGCCCAGUGGGACGCCCACGGUCCUCGCCACGGCGUCAUCGCCCGUCGUCGUCGCCACACCGACCAGAAGCCAAACGGAACGCCCGUCCGGCGGGACCCUCUUCGAGGCGUCUGCCCUCCAUUCCGAGGAACCACCCGGAGUUGGCUCGCCCGCUGUCAACGCUGACACCGCUGUGCCACUUUCGCUACCUCACGACUCGUUCGGUACAUCCAGCCUCGACCGUUUGAAAGGAGACGCGAUGAUAGAUUCUAAAGACGAUGUAAUGAAAUCUCGAAAAUCAUCGAUUCUUCGAUUCAGCCAAGCGUUUCCCAAUACGCUAAAGGAAUGCGGAAAUGUCUCCAGUAAAACACCUAAAGUGGCAGAAAGUCCCCUCAGUGGCGGUGAUAUCGUAAACAGCCCGAGAAGUCCUGAUUAUCCACCACGAGUGUCGACCAGUCCUACGUGUUCAGAUGUAGCUCUUGUUUCCAGUACAAUUUCUUCAGAUAUUUCUGCCAUGCCGACCAAGAUGGAUACUGCUAGGUGCGGUGAAGAGAUUGGAGUUAAUGUAUUACCUACGAAGGCUGACCACCACUCGACGGUGCAGAAAAUCGAAGAUUCACCUACGGAUAUUAAAAUGGAAAUUGAUGUGCCAGUUAGUAACGAACGACCAGUCGGGGAUGAAGGUACAGCGAUGAAGUCUAUACAAAUGUGUGUGAAGAAAGAGCCUCCCGAUGGACCAGACAGUACUCUCGGUAUAUCAAAAAGUAAACGAUCAAGCGUUAGCUCCUCCUCUUCCUUGAAAGAGGAGUCACAUCAAGUACCGUCCCGUCAAGAUCCUCCUAUAGUAAACUCCACCUCUGGAUCGACUCCUGUGGUUUCUCAAGGAAAGUCUCAUUCCUCGUCUCGGGAUAAGCGAAGUAAAGAUCACAGUGACAGGCGACACUGCUCUCAGUGCUACAAGCGCAGCAAGAUCAAGAGGGCUAGCAUAGGAAUACAAUGUCGUCGAGACAGAAGUUCCCUCUCAUCAAGUCACAAACCGAUUUCGCAGUCUUAUUCAAAAUCCAGUAUAGAUAACCUGCGGUUAAAUCAACAUACGAAAAAUUACAGGCCGAUGUGUAAACAGACGGUAAAAAUCGACUUUUUAGAGGGACUCAAGUAUAAGAAAUUUAUUCACAUUGAAACAUACCCAAAUGGUGGAGCAACCAUAGUUCACAUGUAUCAGGAUGAAAUAGACACAUUAUGUAAGGAACAAAUUGAAGAAUUAGCACAAGAGUAUUUUAAGGUUGUCUUUGGCGAAGACGAGAGCGGUAAUGCGCAUCACGUUAUGGGAAUUGUCCACAACGCGGCUGCGUACAUGCCGGACCUUUUGGACCACAUGGCACUGAAUUAUCCAACAUUGACCGUUAAAAACGGAGUACUGGGUAGAAGCAGCGACAUCGAAACCACAACAAUGUUGCAGUAUAAAGAACAAGUUUGUAAAGCAUACAACAAUGGGACCAUAAGGUACGGUCCAUUGCAUCAAAUAAGUCUGGUUGGCACGGUGCACGAAGAGGUCGGUGGUUAUUUCCCAGAUCUUCUUCGAAUGCUGGAAGAGAAUCCUUUUCUCAAAUUGACAAUGCCCUGGGGUCCUCUGUCGGUGAUGAAGAUGGAGACCCCGCAAGAGUCGAACGACGGACCUAUAUUGUGGAUCAGGCCUGGCGAACAACUGGUGCCUACAGCGGACAUUAACAAGAGUCCUUGUAAACGUCGCAGAACCGGAAUUAACGAGUUACGGAACCUCCAGUAUUUACCGCGGUUAAGCGAAGCCCGAGAAUACAUGUUCGAAGACCGUACUCGAGCACACGCGGAUCACGUAGGCCAUGGUCUCGACCGGAUGACAACGGCAGCCGUGGGCGUCCUCAAGGCUGUUCACGGGGGUCAACAUACGGAGUACAAUCGGAUCACCAAAGACGUCGUUGCUUUCUACGCUGGUGACUUUCCAGAACUCGUAGAGAAACUCCAGCUGGACCUCCACGAGCCUCCGAUAUCCCAGUGCGUUCAGUGGAUCGAGGAUGCCAAGCUCAAUCAGUUAAGAAGGCAGGGGAUCCGUUACGCCAGGAUUAGCCUCUACGACAACGACAUCUAUUUCUUGCCUCGCAACAUAAUUCAUCAGUUUCGCACCGUUUCGGCCGUGUCGAGUAUUGCUUGGCACGUAAGACUCAAGCAGUACUACCCGGAAGCGACCAGUACGUCCAGCACGAGACACAACCGAGUUCCCAAUACGGACUCGAUCCUGUUUAAGGAAAAGAAGGCACUGGACGGGGUCAUCGUCGACGAGCAGAAGGAAAACGCCGACAGGCAACACAUGGAGCGGAAAAUCAACGCGGACACCUUGGAGGAGAAGAAGGCUAAGGAGAGGGCGGCCGAGUAUCAGGGUAACUUGAAGAAAUCCGACCAACAUGGGAAACGCACCAAGGACGAGCGUAAGAGUCGAGAUCGCUCCAGGCACUCUUCCGUUGGGGGGAGAAGAGAGCUGGAAACCACAGGGGGCUCUUCGACCUCGCUUUCGGGGGAGAAGCGCUCGAAAAAGGGAACGACCGAGAGAAAGCGAAGCGUCGAUGGGAAAAGGGACGACAGGAGGAGUGGGAAGAAACGCGAGGACCGGCAUUCCCAUGUGCACGGUAAAUCGAGCCAUCGUUCGCACGGGAGUAGUAGCAGUAGGACGUCGUCUUCUGGUACCCCUUCCUCUGGAGUGGCCGUCAUUACUAGUACCGGUACCGUGUCCGGGAACAUCACACCGGGUACCACUGGCUCGAUAACCGGUAGCACCCCCACGAGUACUUCGACCGUCUCUUCCGGGAAAACUUCCAGCAGCCAUUCCAGCGAGAGGAAGAAACAUGAAUCCAGCCACAGGUCGGACCACCACAGACAUCGUCACCUGGGCUCCGAGAAUGCCUCCGGUAAAGAGUCGCAUUCGCACUCCAUAACCGAGAUCCGAGUCUCUUCCAAUCCUAAACUCCCCGAAGCUCCAAACGACAAGGUGCCCGGACUAGUGGACGCUCCGGACUCGAUGCGCGGCUCUCUUCCAGACCUGGAAGUCGUCUUGGAGGAAGAGGUCGUCGCGUCGAAGCAGGCCGUAGGUAGGACCUAUGCGACGGAGGUCGUCGACAAGGCUCUGGAAAUUGCAAUCUACAAGUCGAAGACGGACGUCGACGAGGUCUGCAGGUCCCUAAGGAUCGGCGUAACCGAAGCCUCGAAGGAGGCCCUGCAGAAGAUCAAGAGGGAGAGCUACGACCUCGCCAAGGGCAAGUAUCCCGAGGACAGGGCCAAGCUAGAGAGGUAUUCGGAGCUCCUGGAGACCGAGGUGAUCUCGGCGUUCAAGGCCAAGCUGGAGUGCGCAACGGAGAACGCGGUGAAGGCUCUCGUCGAGAUGGCCGAAGAGGAAGCCAAGGAAAGGGCGAAAAAGGAGCCCAGGGUCGGCGAGACGGCGGAGUCGUUGAACUCGUUCGAGCCCAGUCAACCCGCCCAGGCGCCGUUCGUCACCGUCGCGUCGUCGUCCUCGUCGUGUUCCUCCUUCUCCUCUACGUCGUCCUCGCCGUCCUCGUCCUCGCCUUCGUCGACCUUGUCGGCCCCGCCUUGCCCCACCGUCGACAAAGACAAGCGCGACGGGGCUACCGAGAAAUCGCAGAAGUCGUCCGAGAGGAGGUCUUCCUUGACCGAGGAGGUGCGAAGGAGCAGGGACGACAAGGAGAAAUCUGGGCGCGAUCAGCGACACCGAGAUCGGAGAGACCGCCACGAGAGGAGAGACCGGGAACACAGGAGGCACAGGCACCACGAGGGAAGGUCACGGACGGAAAACGCGUCGUCCGACGCGACGAAAUCGGACUCAUCCAGGAAGAUCCCUGACCCGGCUACACCUGAGGACAGGACGCUGUGCUCGACGACGGCGACCCUGACGACGACGACGAGUACACCGACGACGAUCUCGGAUCCGGCGGACUCGGUGACUCUGCCCGACGCGGUCGCCGCCACGACGACCGCGACGACGACCACCACCGUCGCGGCUGGCCCCGUCGUCGUCGGCUCUACCGCGUCCUCCGAUCCCGAGAAGACCCAGGACCACUCGGAGAGCAGGGGGCACGACCACUCCAGGUCGGAGACGUCCUCCAACAAGCGCAAGGAGCCCCACAGGAGUCACGUCUCGGACGGGCACAAGAAGUCGUCGAGUUAUCGCAAGUCCCACCGGGACCACUCCUCCGCGUCGCCGCACUCCCACGGUUGCCAUCACCCUGUGAACGAGGCCCAAGGUCCCGGGCACUCGCACUCGCAGACCCACUCGAGCUCGGGCCACGAGAGGAAACGGAAGUCCAGUUCCAGCCAGCCGACGAGGGAGUGGAAGCGUGUCUGCAACGACGAAGAGAGCGCGACGCGAGUCGCGGUCGACCAAGCGAGCGCCGGGGUCCCGGAGGGCUCCGGUGGUACGGCGACGUGAAUUCUACCCGUCGCUUCAGUUUAAGCCUAUAGUACAAUCUGUAGGUAGGAAUAGGAAGUACCACUCGUUGUAAAGCAGUCUAGAGUAGGCGCGGCGCAGUCGACGGGCGGACUCGGCGGUCUCCCGUGGAACCGCGCGAAGUCGGAAGGAUCCUUCGGACACGACGUUGCUCGAAAUAGCGAACACCAGAGAAUUCGAGAUUUGUCGCUCGGCUUUUGCCUAUUACCGCCUUGUCCGCUCGUCCGUUCGCCCUAUAGGAGACCUGGCUCGGGUCGGGUUCACCGGUAGUGGAAGACUUGGAAGACACACCCGAGUUCAUCCGCAGUAAUACAUGGACAAAGCGUCUUUUUAUCGGAAAUACUGACUCAAGGUGGACAUUGAUGAUUUUCGGAGGCGACCUUGCCCGUAGAUAGCGAGGCUGGGAAUAAUUCGGAAACGAGCGCGACGAUAUCUCGUUAAAUGAAUCGUUUUAGGGGUUCUCUUUAGGGAUCCUCCGUGGAGACUUCGCAGUGUAGAGAAAAAUUCCAUUGACGAGGUCAGGGUUAGGGAUAGGUCAGGGUCGGACGCGUGCCGAGUGCGUGGUAUUCUUCUGCUCUGGUUUUGGUAAUGGAGGUCGUUCUGUAAAUAUUAAAUCGUGGACUUGUACAGGCCGACCUUUUUCGGUGCCCAAUGGAUCUCCCUAGUACAAUAAAUUUGUCCAAUCGAGGAAAUGGAGAUCGAGGUCCGCGAAUGUUAGGGGAAUCCGGAACCGUGUUUAAUUAUUCUUGGCCGUUUUUCAUCUUGCCCUCGGUGCACCGAAGUACCGACUUACGGUAUGAUCUCGAUCGUCCGAUUGUUUAAUUAUUAUUCGAGUACACGCGAAAGGAACCGUGGAUCCCAGGCGAGAAGAAAAAAAAUUUCAUUUUCCGUAGUAUCGUUUAUUUCAAACGAAUUCGAACUAUUCAUUUCGAAGGGAUUUUUCCAGUUUGGUUUUAUUUUCUGCAAUUUCCGUUACUUAGCACACUUUAAACCUGGGCUCGGAAUCACUCUUAUUGUUUACACCGCAUCUCGCGUGCACUGUCAGGACAUUUCGAUUGUAUAUUUAUUAAAGAAUAUAUUGAUGAUAUUAGGAUAUCUGGAAUUAAUUUUCGAUAUCCCGGUGAUUUCCAUUGUUGCGUGGGUUUGAAAAAUCCGCCGGAUCGUGCAUCGGUUUAACUGCGAAUCGCAAUGGGCCAUUAUAUUACCAGAACAAUUAUUCUCCUCGGACGUAGAAGUAACGACUGACGUAUUUUGCAGAACAAUGCGAUCUUCUGAAGUAUGUAAAACGGCAAGUUCCACGACCGAACUAAUCCGAGAGGAAAAACUAACUGAUCGACGGAACGAGUACGGUAAUUCGUACCUUGUGGGAAUUUACAUGCGACCAUUGUGCCCGACAUUAAAAUGACUAAAAAGAAGAAGAAUAAACGUGCGAACGCCAGUAUGUAUAAUUACAUACGAAAAAUACGGCGGGGAAACGAGAGAAGAAAAAAAAAAAAAACGAAAAAGAGUUAGCAGCGUACUUCCCGAAAAGUUUGCGCAUUCGAUUUUCUCAACGACGCGCGGUAUAUUCAUAUUGAUAUUUAUUUAUAAUAUAAACAGUCGGUCAAAAGAUAUCAUCGCAUACGGAAGGAUGAAGUCGAAACUAGGCGAGACACCGGAGGGGAAAAAUAUAUUGAGAUAUUUUGUCCUGUUGCCCAGGGGACGGAAAGUCGUCGAAACAAGUAUUUUACUCGGCCUCGAGUAAAUCCCUUCGAGACGUUAAUUAACUAGAUAAAUGGGAGAGCACCGAUUUGUACCACGUAGCAGACUGCGCGCGAGAAUUGCUCGAUACACAUACACACCCACACGCACUUGAGGUGUUUAAAAGUACUAUCGACGAUCGGAGAGAAACACUGCCUACUAACAAGUAGUAUUCGCUUGAAAGUCGUCGACUAUGUAGAUAUUAUAUAUACGUAUAAAUUAUUAAAUAAUUAAAAGAAAAGAGAGCAAUACAACGCAGACACGCGUAGUCCCUCGAGUGGUAUAUUAUGUAUUAAGUCGCGACCGCGAGAGCGGCCCUGUAUAUUUGUACAUAUCGAAGACGAGUGACUCCGAGAGGCGAGCUUAAAUUAUAAGUUAUGUUAAACGGAUAUCUUCGAUAAUAAGGUAAUAAACGUAGGGGGUUAAAUGACAA